AUGUUCAGCGCUUUGAGGACGGCCUCAGCCAGGUCGCUCCCUCAUCCUAGGCAUCCUCUCGCUUUCAAUAUUCGACCGCAUAGACCUAUUAUAUUCUGUAGAAGAUAUCAGAAUCUUGCCCAGAAUCAGCAGGAUCCAAAGUCUCCUCAAUCCAAGGCUCAACCUCCCGCUCCCACCACCACGUCCACGCCCAGUCCUUCACCGACAUCGUCAGCCUCACCAAGGGAUCGACAGGACCUUACAGCAAAUGAGACUCAGAUAUCUGCAGGAGAGCAACGAAAGCGAGACUGGUCUAUCAUUAGAAAACUCGCAGUUAACGUCUGGCCGAAGGAUGACUGGGGCACACGAGGGCGUGUACUGCUCGGUGUUGGACUGCUUGUAGCCGGGAAGGUGCUGAAUGUGCAAGUCCCGUUCUUCUUCAAACAAAUCAUCGACGUCCUCAACAUUCCCAUAUCAUCCGACUCUGCAGUAUGGGUCGUGUGCGGGUCUGUCGUUCUUGCGUAUGGAGGCGCUCGCAUCGGUGCCACACUCUUUGGCGAACUCCUCAAUGCCGUCUUCGCCAACGUAGGCCAACGCGCCGUUCGCAAAGUCGCUCGACAGACAUUUGAGCACCUUCUCAACCUCGACCUUCGUUUCCAUCUAUCUCGGCAGACGGGUGGUCUGACCAGGGCUAUUGAUCGAGGAACGAAAGGCAUCACAUUCAUUCUGCAGGCCAUUUUAUUCCGUGUGGUUCCCACUGCACUGGAAAUCUCUCUUGUUUGUGGCAUUUUGACGUACAAAUUCGGAUGGGACUACGCAGCGAUUACUCUCGGCACAAUGGCAGCGUACACUUGGUUCACCGUAAAGACUACUUCAUGGCGGACGCAGUUUCGAAGAGAUGCAAACGUCGCGGAUAACAAGGCCGCAACCGUUGCUGUAGACUCGUUGAUGAAUUACGAGGCUGUCAAACACUUCGGGAACGAAGCCUACGAAGUCAAACAGUACGACCGGCAUCUGAAGACAUACGAAAAGGCGUCCAUUAAGAUUGCGACAUCACUGGCGCUCCUCAACUCUGGCCAGAAUAUCAUCUUCUCGACGGCCUUGACGGGCAUAAUGUUCUUAGCUGCACAAGGGGUUAUCAAUGGCUCGAUGACCGUUGGAGACCUCGUCAUGGUCAAUCAGCUUGUCUUCCAGCUAUCAAUGCCACUCAACUUCCUAGGGACGAUUUAUCGCGAGAUCAGACAGAGCCUGCUCGAUAUGGAGGUUCUGUACAGCUUACAAGAUCAGCACGAACCACCGAAGGACCUUCCAACCGCCAAACCUCUCUCCCUCACCGGUGGAUCCAUAACCUUCGACAACGUCGCCUUCGCUUACAACCCCACCCGUCCCAUCUUCCGCUCACUCUCCUUCACUAUCCCCGCCGGUUCCAAAACCGCGAUCGUCGGUCCAUCCGGCUGUGGCAAAUCCACUGUCUUCCGCCUUCUCUUCCGGUUCUACACGCCGCAAUCCGGCCGGAUCCUCAUCGACGGCCAGGACAUCAUGCAGUGUCAGCUCGAGAGCGUGAGGAAGCACAUCGGGGUCGUGCCACAGGAUACGCCACUCUUCCACGAAGACGUGAUGCAUAACGUGAAGUAUGGGAGAUUGGGGUAUGCGGCUGGGCAGGUGGAAGCGAGCGAUGAUGAGGUUAUGGAGGCUUGUAAGAAGGCGAGGGUACAUGAGAGCGUGAUGAGGUUGCCGAAUGGCUAUCAGACAACGGUGGGGGAGAGGGGCGCGAUGUUGAGUGGAGGGGAAAAACAGAGGUUGGCGGUGGCGAGGGUGUUGUUGAAGGACCCCCCGAUCUUGUUCUUUGAUGAGGCGACUUCGGCAUUGGACGCGCAUACCGAGGCUGAACUGAUGCGGAACAUUAAUUCGAUGCUCGCUGAUAAGUCUCGGACUAGCAUAUUCAUAGCCCAUAGAUUGCGGACUGUUGUCGAAUCUGACUUGAUCAUCGUGCUCAAGGACGGCGAGGUCUUCGAGCGCGGGACGCACGAAGAGCUGAUGAGGAUGCGUGGGCUGUAUUGGUCGAUGUGGCAGGAGCAGGCUGCAGAUAUUUUCCAGGACGAAUCCCCGGAACCGACUGCUUGAGCCCUCUCACUUGGGGAGACAUCCCUAAUCGGACAAUAGCGGUCUCGCUUGUAUGUAUUUUUGAGCGUUGUAUGCCCGAGAGCGUUGCUUUUGCC